UGGGAAAAGACUAAAUAGUAGUAGCAGUUUCGUUUAAAGAUGGGGAAAAAAAAGCAAUUGUUACCACCACCUACAAAAAAGAACUGUGGGUUAGCAUAAUAUUAUGUAAACUGUAUUUCAUUUGUGCUUUCAUCAGAAAUGAGUAAGUAGAGCCAUAUAUGCUGCGAAUUUUAAGAAUGUUAAUGGGAUGCCUGCAUAGCAUUGUACUUAAGAGUACUUCUGCCAGAAUAGGAAAGCCUUUUAUUCUGUAAUGCCUCGAGGCAAGAAAAAGGCUUUCUGAAGAGUUGCUUUAAUUUUAAACUCUCAUUCUAAUGUUAGACAGCCUGUUAGAUCUCCGAGUUAAAAACCGCUUCAGCUUUACUUACUAGAGCCAGAUGUAACAUUGACCUUAAAUGGUAAAAGCUCCCGAGAGUGAAAGAGAGGCUGGCCUGAGGGGAAAAAGGGGAAUAACUGAAGUUUUAGAAGCUGUACGUGGGGAAUUUGGCUUUGAGCCCCUGCUUUUGGAAUCUUCAGCAAAGUUUCCAGUGACUUCAGUGGUGCAGAGAUCAUGUUCCUAAUGAACACCACUAAGAGAACUUGAGGUCAGUUGCUAAAACAUCAGUGAAGAUGGAGUAAAGCACCUUUAAGCUUUUGCUAACACUGUACUCAGCUGUGACUCAGAGAGGAGCUCCCGGAUCACCAUUUCCUGGAGAUUGUACUCCAAGCCUACACAGUGGUAAAAGUGCAAAAGGCUCAUGCAAGCUAACAUUCUAGAGGUUCGCCCACAUCUGUUCUUUUUGUGAUAUGCACCAUCAAGAAGUCAAAUGAUUUAUUUGUGAGAACUGUUCCUUAAUUGUCCGUCUCAUUCUCAGCAGUGUAUGGUCGUGCUAGUCCACAGUACAGAUCAACGUGCUCCAUUCUGUCCACCAUGCCAACCCUACCUGAAGAACAUGAACAACUAAAAGAGGCACAACACAACAGUUCUCCUCCAGCCAAAGACACCAAUGCUGAAGGAACUACAAGCAGUACACCUUCUAUUGUUCUUCCAGAGAAUGCUGGUAUGCCUGAUGCAGAAAUCGAUAAAAAUCUGGCUAACAGACCUCGUAGUCCUCAUAGAAGACAUUCUAACCGUGCCACUAGGAAUUCAACAAGUUCAUUGACUUCUGUUGACAACAAUGGUCAUGUAAUUGAUCUGGUAAAUGAUCAGCUACCAGAUGUCAACAUAUCAGAAGAAGACAAAAAGAAGAACCUUGAAUUACUAGAAGAAGCAAAGAAAGUGAGCGAAAGAUUUCUAAUGCGCAGAGGCAGAAAGUCAAGAGGCAGUCUCCCUGAGUCGCCCACAGCUGUUUCGCCUACCCUUAGUCCAAAAGUUUCACCAGUAACAUCUCGGAGCAACUCUCUUACUCUUCCUAUUCCGUCAGGGUCUGAUGCAUGUACAGGCACUAGUGUUGAGUCAGUAUCUCCAGUUCAGAAUAACAGAACUUUUAAAGAGGAUGACAGGCAAACUGCAGAGAAUGUUUGCAAAGGAUUAAUGGAUCGCAGGCUGAAUGAUCAAAGAAAGAUUUCUCAGGGAAGGUUGGUUCCUCGUUCUGCUGGUUUUGAAAACCCCAAAGAAAAACUCUCUGAACAAAAAGAAAAUUUUGAUCCAUGUACGCAUGUAAAUACUUUACCUAAGUGCUCCCCUUCAGGUAGUGAUGGUGGCAGAAUGUCUCUUAACACUUGCUUGAACGUCUCUGAAAAUGAACUCGGAAAAUCCUUCCUCAAGAAGGCAAAAGAAAAUGAUGUUCCUUUAAGAACCUAUCUACCAGGACCAGGAAUAGGAAAUAUAGACUCAAAGCUAAAAAGUCCUGUUCCAGAAAUGAGGGACCAUAAAGUUUCUUUUAAACCAGAAUUUAAACUGUGUGGGCUGCGUCCUCCUCUACUACGAGCUGUAUCAUGGGAUAGUUUAGAGCCUGGACAGAAAGAUAAAAUACCCAUAAAGUUACCAUCUGAGGAAGAUAAAAGCUUUAUUGUUGGUAAUAAAUCCAGCAAUCAAAUAAAAGCAUUCAAAGACCUCCAAAUCCAAGUUCAACCUGUUCGGAUGCAGAAAUUGACAAAACUCAGAGAGGAGCAUAUUUUGAUGAGAAAUCAAAACUUAGUUGGACUUAAACUUCCUGAACUUAGUGAAGCAGCUGAACAGGAAAAAGGUCCUUCACCUCUCCCCUCCCCCACUGAAGAGGAAGAAGCAAAGAAUAGCUCUGAUGUCAUGCCUGGCAUUCCUGACAUACUGCUGCGAAAGCUACGUGUGCACAAGUCUCUUCCAGGAAGCUCCCCUCCACUUACUGAAAAAGAAGUUGAGAAUGUAUUUGUACAACUUUCCUUGGCCUUUAGAAAUGAUAGUUAUACCUUGGAAUCAAGAAUUAACCAAGCAGAGAGAGAGAGAAAUCUUACUGAACAGAAUGCUGAGAAGGAACUGGAAAACUUUAAAACAGCCAUUACAUCUUCAGCUCACCUAUGGCAUCACUACGAGCACAGAGAAGCUUACCAGAAACUACUGGAGGAUAUUGCUGUUCUGCGGCGUUUAGCUGCUAGACUAUCUAGUCGUGCUGAAAUGGUUGGAGCCGUACGUCAGGAGAAGCGUAUGUCAAAGGCAACAGAAGUAAUGAUGCAGUAUGUGGAAAAUCUGAAAAGAACAUAUGAAAAAGAUCAUGCUGAACUAAUGGAGUUUAAGAAACUUGCUAAUCAGAAUUCUAGCAGAAACUAUGGUGCCUCUGCAGAAGAUGGAGUACCUCGUUCAUCUAGAUCCAUGUCUCUUACUGUUGGAAAGAAUAUGCCUCGGAGGCGAGUCAGCGUUGCUGUUGUUCCUAAAUUUAACUCCUUAAACAUUCCUGGUCAGUCACCAACAGCUUCACCUAUACCUUCAAUGCCAUCCCUGUCUGAAUCACCUAGCAAUGGAAAGAGCAAUCUAACAUCUAAUCCUGUUCUGCCAGCUGUUUUAGAGAAUGGAAAAACAAAUGGAGAGCCUGAUUGUGAAACCUCUACUUCUGCAAUGACACAGAGUGGGCUGGAAGAGAUCAAUCCUGAAACUAAAGCCAAAAUAGAAGAGGAAGCAUAUAACAAAGGCUAUCAGGAAGGCUUGAAGAAAACCAAAGAACUUCAGGACCUGAAGGAAGAAGAUGAAGAGACACCAAAAGAAAGUCAUGAUGAACAUGAAGAAAGUGAAAAUGACAGUGAGAUAAAAAGCCUGAAAAGCAGCAGACUUGAAGUCAUCAUUAAUUAUUUAUAUAUAUUGUACCCCAAACUCUGUAAACACUGGAACGUGAUAUGGCUUGUAGUGGCUGCAAUAAUCAUUUUUGCCGUGGUGUUGGGAAUCUACCAUUCAUACAGCUCCUGUGAUGAAGUAUCAGAGAGACCUGAAGGGAAAGCCAGCUGUUCUGCUGCCCACCAAUAUUCCUGGUGGAACUCAGGAUUUCAACAUGAGCAACGCACUGAAUAACAAAGCAACACCAUGUAUUUAUGGUUACCUGAGAGAGCACAGUAUUAGAACACUAUUGUUAAAGGUAGUGCUUAGUCAUCUUUACAGUUGUCAUCUGUUACAUCUGUUACACAAGUGAGUUACUCCACCCCAUCAAUCCUGGCUAUACAUUGUGAACAUAACUUGCCAAAAUAAUAACCUGGUAAAUAAUUAUUUUUAUCCUCUUAAUUAAAAAAAAAAAAACUGAUUCAAAUAAUAUUGAAUCAUGAUAAGGUUCUGGCAGUAAUCAGCAACCAGCAGGCAAUUAAAAGAAAGAUUUGCACAAGAUGUUGACAUCUUUCCUUUGAUUUUGAAGGCUAUGAUUAAAACCAUAUUUGCAGUUAGUGUUUCACUUUGCAUUUCCUGAAUUCAUUGUUUUGUUGUUGCGGUUGACGUAAUAAUGACAUUUGUGUCCUUUGAGUUUUAAAAGUGUAAUUUUUUUCUUUUUUUUUGUUCAUGAUUUUUGGGUAGAAAUAUAAGGCCAAUGAAAGGUUAAAAUUAUUUUGUCGGACAAGAUGUCUUGUGGAUGCCUUAAUUUCAUGAAGGGAAUUAUCAGUAUGCAAGUACAUUCAUAUGUGUGUUUUAUGAUAUACUUUAAAACUAGGACCAUCUCUAUUUUUUGAAUGGGAUAUAUUACAAAACCUAAAAAGAGGUGUAGGUGGCACUUUUGGUAUUAUCCCAUGAGAUUUGGGAUCUUCUGAUGUUAGUGUGAUCUUGUCUUCUUUUGGUGUAAAGUCUGAAGCUCAAUCUAUUGAAGAAAACAGAUUUCUAACAAUCAGAAAUUUAGUUUGCAUAUUUAUUGCUAAUAACAAAUAUCCUGCUGGUGAAUUUUGUUUGUUGCAUCUUAGCUAAAUCUUUCUUACAAGUAAAUUACAUGGAGGAGUGAGGAGAAAAAAAAAAGAAAAAUAGUAGAUCACUGCUAGCUUUGGGGAAAAAAGACAUCUAUAAGCAGUUCGGAGGUUUUUAUUAUAUAUAUACUGCUUGUUUUUUUGGAUGAAUAUAGAGUGUUUAAGGAAGUUCAAAAAGGAUAAUGGGAAAGUGACAUUUGGUCUAAAAUUGCAAUUGCUAAACAAGGCAGAAGAGAGUUUCUUGCUAAUUGUUUGCUAUAUAUUUGAUUCAGUUAGAAUACCCGACAAUGAAGAAUUACUGUGACAUUUCCCAUACUUCUACUACUUAAAAAAACAUACAGAUGGCUCUCUUUCAAUAUUCAUUUAUUAGAACCAGCUUCUUCAAACUAUUUAGAAAUAAUAAGGCAAUAAAAGGCAAAUAGUUCUGAAGAUUCAGAAUCCACUAUGCCAAAAAUUGUGAAACAUACUUUAUGUGACUACAGACAUUUUGGAGCAUACUGAGGAAAAAUAGAUAACAAUGUCUGUAAUUGAAUUAAUUUGUUCUUAUUCACCUUUGCACUGAUGUUGAAUCAACACCUUAUUUUAGUACUUGUAGAAUGUUAUUGAUCUCAGUAAGACUCUUCAAUUGUUUAAUCUUGAGCAUGUGCUAAGUUUUUGUUGGCCAGAGUGUGGACAGGGUCUUCAUCUUCCUUUGGAAUUCAGCACAAUGGAUUUUCAUGGACUUGGUUCACAAGGCAAAAUUUCAUAAGUAGUUGUAUUAAUUGGAGCUGAGCUACUUGCAAUGUUUAAGGCGAGUAUAAUUUAACCACAAAAAUAUUAUUGUGGGGAGUGGAUUGAGAGAAACAAGGGAUUUCUAAAAUGAUUAAAAGAUGAGGAUACAGUUGAUGAAAAUAUAAAUAGUUUGAAUUUAUACACCUACUGUGAGAAAACUGUCCACUAAAAGUAAUGGACCACAGUGACUAACAGCACAUUAAAUAUUUUUGCUUACAUUUUUCAGUUAAUUAGUGAAGUCACCUUUUUGGAUAGAAAACUAGGUUGUGGACAAAAUCUAUUCUAAAUGUAGUUUAUUUCCAUUGAAUAUUAGUUUUCUUUAUCUAUUUAAAAAAAAGAAAAAUAAAAUGUACACACAAAAUCUCUUCUGAGUUCAGAGAUCACAACAGAUAAUGAGAAAUAGAUCUACUAUUUAUGCCAUUAACACUGAAAUAGAUUUCUUGAGGUGCAAUAUUUAUUUUUUGCUUAAGCAAGACACGUCUAUUGUUUUUCCUGCACAGCACAGAUGUUUCUAGUACAAGGAAUUUUAAAAGGGCACUAUUUUUUGGUAUCAUAUUUAAAUCUGUAACAUUGUAAGACUUUGCACCAGUCUGCUGGUAUUGUACUGUAUAGUAUCACAUACUUGAGUUUUGAAAUAAAGGAACAGUUUCAAAGUCCU